AGGGGUCCGCUCCAGCUGGGUAGUCACAGGUUGGUUGGGAUGUGGGCACAGAUCCGGGUGUCAGUGUGAGGCAGCCUCCAAUCACAGAGAGUCCCUCACUUCCUAAUCACGCCGCCUAGUCCAAUGUAGUGCAGGCGGAGGAGGAGUGAGUGUGAGGAAGGAGAGAAGACGGUGACAGGAGGAGGAAGGAGUGGUAGUGUCCAUCACCUAGGCUGUCCCCUCCACCCACUGCUUGCAUCCUCCCCCCUCUCCUCCUCCCUCCCCUGGGUUGGCACUGACACUUCUGAGGGGCUGGCCAGAGCACUCCAGUAUAACCCCCUUUUUUGUGUCUUUGUCCACAGCAGUGGUUGACCAUGGCAGAGCAGCCAGUGUGUGCAGCACAGGUGAACAACUGCCCCGGCGUCCAGAGCAACAGCUGCAGCGCUGCCCUGGGAGGCUGUGGUGGCAACAGCAGCAGUGUGCCCGUCCUUUUCUGCUUCUCUGUGUUUGCCCGACCUUCUUCUGUACCCCACAGCGCGGGCUAUGAAGUCCUGAUCCAGAAGUUCCUCAGUCUGUACGGGGAUCAGAUCGACAUGCAUCGGAAGUUUGUGGUGCAGCUCUUCGCUGAAGAAUGGGGACAGUACAUUGACCUACCUAAGGGCUUUGUGGUCAGUGACCGGUGUAAAGUCCGCCUGGUGCCCCUACAAAUUCAGCUGACAACACUUGGGAACCUUACUCCUGCUAGUACCGUGUUUUUCUGCUGUGACAUGCAAGAGAGAUUCCGUCCUGCUAUCAAAUAUUUUGGAGAUAUUAUAAGUGUCGGCCAGCGCUUAUUUCAAGGUGCCCGCAUUUUAGGGAUUCCUGUUAUUGUCACAGAACAGUACCCUAAAGGUCUUGGAAGCACAGUACAAGAACUUGAUCUAACUGGUGUGAAACUUGUAGUCCCAAAAACAAAGUUCUCUAUGGUCUUGCCUGAAGUUGAGGCUGCGUUGGCUGAGAUUCCUGGGGUUCGUAGUGUUGUAUUAUUUGGAGUUGAGACUCAUGUUUGUAUUCAACAAACGGCAUUGGACCUAAUUGGACGAGGAGUAGAGGUUCACAUUGUAGCAGAUGCCUCUUCCUCACGAAGCAUGAUGGAUAGGAUGUUUGCCUUGGAGCGCCUGGCAAGAAAUGGAAUUAUAAUCACCACAAGUGAAGCUGUACUUCUGCAGCUGGUAGCAGAUAAAGACCAUCCUAAAUUUAAGGAAAUUCAAAACCUUAUCAAAGCAAGUGCCCCUGAGUCUGGACUCCUCUCCAAAGUGUAACUGCAAACAAAGUGACCGUGCAAUUGGAAUCCACUUUUCUUGUGGGCUUCGUCAUUUCCAUUUAACUGCAGUUCCGCAUGAGAUUUCUUUGCAGCAAACUAAUGCCGACUUCAAUAUCUACAUGGAUUCAUCCAUUAAUGAAAAGAUUGUUUGUAUGUAAAAUUAAGUGAAUGUUUUGUAUGUGUAGCUUCCUUAGGGCGUCUUUUUCUCUUUGUAAAGAGAUUCAGGGUGUUUGAUAAAGGUGGUACGAUGUGUUAGCCUCAAGGCUUGAAGUAUGGUUUAUGUUGUGCUCUGUUGUCAAAAUAGCUUUUUACAAAGAAUGAUGUUGAUUGACAAAAAUGGAUGCAAUGCAAGCUUAAAGGGGUUGUAAAGGUUUGUUUUUUUAUUUUCUAAAUGGGUUCAUUUAAUCUAGUGCAUUAUUGGU